AUGAUGACAGCUUUUACGCCCCUUGAGAUGUUGGGAAAGGAAGCGGGGUCGACCAUGCUUACAUGCUUCUUCAUACUUUAUCAGCAUCAAAAUCCCCGCCACCAAUUCCAACAAAGGACCUCAUAGCUUCCACGCAUCGUCAUGUCUCCUACAAUCCGGAUCGCCAUCUCUGGCGGUGGCCUAGCGGGAGCAUCACUUCUCCACGCUCUUCUCCCUCAUAAACACUUGGAUGUGCACAUCUUCGAGUCAGCCUCGGCUUUCGGAGAGGCUGGCAUGGCUGUCGGGAUCGCUCGAAAUGCGCUCACCGCUCUCGAACUCAUUAGCCCAUCAGCAGUACAAUGCCUCGAAGCAGCCGGAGCUGUUCCCAUGCAAGGAGUCCGAUUCAUGCUCGCUGAAGGUGAGGACGCGGGCGCCAUGAUCGAUGAGACCAAAGGCGGACAACGUGUGACCAGCAUCGUCCACCGCGCAGCGUUCCUACGGGAAUUGCUAUCCAGCUGCCCUCCGGAACGUAUGCAUGCUUCUAAGAAGCUCGAACACUUCGACACUAACAGCGAUGGCUCCCUCACGCUCCACUUCGCGGACGGCACAAGUCACAAGUGUGAUAUCCUGAUUGGCGCGGACGGCAUUCGCAGCACGGUUCGUAGGCUGAUCCUCGGCGUUGACGACCCUGCAGCUUCUCCCCGAAAUACCAAUGCGUGGUGCGUCAUGACAUUGCAGCCGACUGCCCGCGCCCAGGCCAGCAUCGGCACGGGGCCGGUUGGCAUUGAGGACGACGCUCGCGAGUACAUGUGGAUUGGCAACAGGGCCUACUUACUGCACAACGUCUUGCAAGGGGGUGAGCUGGUGCAGAUGAUUAUUGCCUCGUACGAAAAAGAUGUAGAAUCGUCGGACCGCUGGCAUCGGACCGUGAGUGCCGAGGAGAUCAGGGAGCUCUACCACGGCUGGCCGCCGCAUUUGUCCAAAGCGGUGGAAGAGCUACUUUGUGAGCAGCCUGAACAGCCCGCCAUGUACGUUUGGGAACACCCACCCGCAAGGACCUACGUGGCUGGUCCUGUCUGUAUUGUGGGCGACGCUGCCCAUGCCACAACGCCCUGGCAAGGCUCUGGUGCUGGCAUGUCUAUCGAAGACAGCCUGAUCCUUUCCACGUUGCUCGGCCGCGCGCAUACCGCCGCAGAGGCGCGGACUGCGUUGCAGGCGUACGAUCAGGUCCGCCGCCCGCGCACGCAGCGUAUUGUCGAGUCGAGUGGGGCUACCGGCCGGAUUUUAUGCGGAUUGGGAGAGGAAACGAGAUUGGACCUGCGCAGUCUGAGAUCGAGCUUGUUGCCGAGAUGGGACUUCAUCAUAGAUUUCGAUAACGAGAAGCACCGUGAUGAGGCAGUCGAGUUGAUGGAGCGGGCAUUGAAGCCUGAAGGUAUAAUUUAGUUAUGCCAGUGACAAUAUCCGACCCCCCCUGUAAAUCACACGGAGCUUGAGUUGUGCAAGGCUAGAACCUGGCUACAGGGCAGGCUUGGAUGAUACUUAU